AUUCAAAAUUAUUCUAUGAAGCUCUUUAGGUUCUUUCAAAAACUCACACCUUUUAGACUUUCUUCGGUUAUAAAAUAUCUACUUAUUCGAUCUUUGAGGUUUAACGUUUAUUGUCAAUUGCAAACUGUCGAAAGCGAUAAUCUAGUGAUUUAGAAUAAAGAUCUAGGCUACUGGAAUAGCAACGUUCAUAAAAGUACCAGAAUCGCACAGCACAUAGAAAAGCUGUCAAACACUCAGAGCUCCAAAUCAGUCAUAGUGUUUUCCUCCCCAAUUUACAUAAAACAUCAAAAUUUUCAUUAUUCAUAAGAACAUAAGAUAACCUUAGUUUUCGUGGUUUGCAGCAGAAAUUCGGGCACCUAGCGAAACGUUACUCUGAACCUUUUAAUUCCGCAUAGAAGUUCUUGACUUAAAAGAAAAGAUGCAGCCCUUGCGAUUAUUAAUACAGCGCCUAGUGACGCGCCAGUCCCAGAUGAUGACCCAUGUGCGACGGUCCAGCGGUAGCAGCAGCUUUCCGGAACUGGUCUUUCCCGACGACCAGGACAUGGAGCCGGAGGACGAGCAGGAAGCCCUGGAUCCACAAUUUCCGAUCCUUCAUAGUCGCCACACCGAUCUGUUCUACAUGCCGCACUGUGUGGGUCCGGCGUACCAGGGUCUAAUUUCAUCGAUGGAUCCGUGUGGCUCCGCCUACUAUCCGGCGGAUGCACAAUCGCUGGUCAAGGAGAGCGACAGUGUUUCAGGGUCUAUGGUCUCGCCCUCCGACAUGUUUGUUUUGGCCUGCCCCAAGCUGCUGGUGAUCUACAUGCGCCGCCUGUUCCAACAUCCGUACGCCAGCUUCGACAGCUCGAUGAAUUUUAGCAUGAUUGGACUGCGUUUCAAGGACACGGAUGCCGACAGUGCCCUCCGCUCUUUUGUCCUCAUCGCGAGCCACAAUUCCCGCGAGAUCAUGCAUAACGGAUAUUGGGCGGACUUUGUCAAUCCUCUGACUGGCCGCGCCCACUUCCGGUCCGCCCACGCCAGUCGAAAGAAGCACCGGGAGGCGCAGUUUCUGGCUCGUAAUUUGGCCUUUACCAAUGCGAAUGGAUGCAUUGUUAUCCAGGAGGAGGAAAGCGAUCAGUUCACCGGUUGCAUUUUUACGGACACACCCUUCAAGGUCCUGGAGACGUGGUGCUCUUAGAGGAUUAUUAGAUCGCCGCCCAGCUGCUCAUUUCCAUGUCUCUGAUUGUGCGCGAAUUAAAGUCCAGUUGAGAAAUCAGAAUUUCAACUUUCGAAGGAAAAUAGCUUAAAAUUAUACGUAGCACAUUUUGGUCAUUUCGAUAAAGCUUGUGACGAUUCUAAGGAUCAACAUAUUAAAUUUUACAAAAAGAUGUUCUUACCCAUUCUUGACGCAAUUAAGAUAAUUAAAUUAUGGAUCUGCUUCUCAAUCGUUUAUUAAGAGUAAUGAACGGAUAGAAAAUAGUCGGAAAUGUUUGUAAAUUUGUAUUAUAUAUUUUAUACAUUUUGAAAAUAUAUUUAGUCCAGAAAA